AUGAAUAUUGUACAAAUACUUAUUUUUUUGUUUUUUGGAUUUAUUGCACAGGGUAAAAGCUUACAGAAUAACUCAUCAACUGACAGUGUAGAGAGACAAUGGGAAUUUAUAGUUACAUCCCUACAAACAAGUCCCCAUGUAAGAUGCCGAAAUUUAACAAAUAAAGCUCCGAAAUUGUUUUGGAAAGAUCAAGAUAUAGAGGAAGUAAGUAAAGUUUCCAAUAAAACCCAGCUAUUUGAGGAUAACUGCUUUAAAAAUAUUAAAAGUUUAUUAGAUCUCCACUUACCAAAAAAUAAGCGUCGUUUUAGCUUUAAAUUUUCUAAUACAAGUAAAAUAGAUUUAUUAUUACGUAAAUUUUGCUCCGAAACAGCAGACAAAUAUUAUAUGAUUAUACAUAAUACUGACAACCCAGUUUCAUCACCUACUUAUGAGAAAUUAAUUGAAGAUUCACCCAAAUCCCCUGAAAAUAAUAAAUAUAAAGAUAGUUUUGAAGAAGGAUUAGAAAAAAAGUUAAAACAUAAAAAUUUAUACUUAGAUAGAUCUGAAACAAGCGUAUUUCCAGAAGUUAUUCCUUCUCCAGAAAUACCUGAAUCUAUUAGAAGAGAAAUGAGAAACCAAGAAUCUUCUUCACCAUUUAUCGUAUUUCCCUCACCUUCAACUGACGAAUCUUAUAUAGGUCAAAAAAUGGAAUAUAGUAACACUCCUGCAGAGCAUAGUGCGAAUGACUAUUCUUUAUUCUUAGAAGAAAGUGCACUUAAAGAUAAUUCACAGAAGUUCACCGAUCAGUCAUCAGAUAUUGAUAUAGCAGCUGAAAUAACGAGUUCUGAAGUUUCUGAGAAAGCUCCUCGUAUUUUAAAAGUAUUACUUCGUUCUUCUCUAGAAGAUAUUAGGGAUCAGUUACCUCAAGCUGAUGUAGCAGCUGUUCAGGUACCUAGGGAUAUCCAAGAAAGAAUUCUCUCUUUCAUGAGAUCCAAGGAUAUUGAAAGUAUCGUAGAAUUAUUGUCAAGACAAAAGAGGCAUGUAGUUGAGUCAUUUUUGGAUAGUUUGGAGCAGGAAAUCAAAAGAAUUAGAAGAAUAAAAAAAAGUAAUAUAGAAUUUACAACACAGUUACCUCAAUUUGAUGAAGAAUGGAGUGCUAUUGUUGAAUUUAUGUCAGAAUCUGUAUCUCCUAUUCAAUGUGAAAUUCGAGAUAGGAAAAAUAAAGGCUCUAUUAAACCUCCUAAAGAGUUUAAAUUUAGUAAUGGGAUAGAAAAAAAGUUUAUACAAUAUUGUCGUAGGGCAAUAAGGGCUUUAGCAUAUGAGAAAUAUGUAUCGGAGGAUGGUACAACUUAUUAUGGAUAUAAUGAAAAUAAUAAAUAUGGGAUUUUGAUAGCUGGAAAUGACUCUGAAGAUAGGAAACAGCAGGUACAGGCUUUUUGUUAUAUGGUAUAUAAUAGAUUAUACUCUAAAAGAGAGAAGGAGCUUACGAUUAGGCGUCAUGCAAAGAUGUUGGAGAUGAAAAAAGCUUGGGAGGAGGGGGCUGAACAAGGUAAGAUUAUUGAUGAAUUAUUAGGGGGAUUUACGGAUGAGAUAAAUGACGAAAGAUUGCAAUGGCUAUAUUUGGUCAAUAGUGCUAGUGUCCCUAAUCCACUUGUAUAUAGUGUAGAUUUACCGAAACACUCUGUUCCGGUUUCCUUUACCCAAAAAUCCACAGAUAGUGUACUAGAGGUUACAAGUAAGAUCCAAGUUUUUACAUUUAAUUGCAGAAUUGCUCUUAUGACUUUGGGUAUUGAAAAACAUCCAGGUACAAAAUUUCCACUGCAUAAGGUACAACUAGGUUAUGAUGGUAUAAAUGGUUUAAUAAAGUUUUGUAAGUCUGUAAGUCAAAGAUAUGUUGGUCGUUUAGUAGAGUGGUUCAAUAUUUUACAAACAUCUUUAAAUGAUGAAAUUAUCAGUUUAAUUGAUACCAAUAAACCCGAAUUUCGUUGUCCAGAGUAUUUUGAAUAUGAGGAUGAUUCCCGUUUAGUAGAGAAUUGUUCUAAGACAAUACAAACUAUGCUAGAGGAUAACAAAAGAUCUGAAAAAAAAGGCUUGCAAUCUACUUGGCCAGGUUUAAAAAUUAAGUGUCCUCCUAAUCAAAUUAUUCAGCAUAUACGAUCUUUUUGCAAAGCUGUUGCCUUUGAAAGGCCUGAUAUUCGUAUUGCUACCAUUCGUGAGUUAUCUGGAGAAGAACAGACAGCUCUUGAUGUUAAGUCAAAUGUAAGUAAUGAACAAACAGAUGCUAUAGAACAGGUAGAGAAGCGUUUGCAAAUUCUUGAGCUUAAGCAAACAGAAGAUAUUGGUAUGGCUACAUAUAAGUUAGAUCGAUGGAGUCAAGCAGAAGAAAAAUUAGUUGAGAAUCGUAGAAUUCGUGAAAAAAUAGACAAAUAUUCUCGUCAUUAUCUUCAAAGAUUGGUAGAUAUAGAAGAUAAUUAUAAACAGACCAUCUUGGGGACUUUGUCUCGUGGAGAUUCUGAUGGUGGUAUAAAAUUUGAGCAGACACGUGAAAAGAUACAGGAAUUAUUAGAUCAAUAUAUAUCUGAUUUUUUAUCUAUGCGAACAGAGUGGAGUGACUUAAUAUAUCAGAUUAGUAACAAUAAUAGGAAGAUUACAGAGGUUGAAAUGGGACUUUUGAGGUUUGUUCGAGAGGCUUUGGAUUACGUUGCUGUUUCACAUCGUGCCGAGCUGGCAAAUUCUAUUUCAAUAAUCAAUAUGAUUAAUUGGGAGAAUGAAUUAAAUAUAAAAGAGAAGGAAUAUAUUAAUUUGAAACUUGAAGAGUAUGUCUUACGAUUAAAUAAAGAACAUAAAAUUCAGGAUCUAAGAGAUAUUCAUUUCAAAAGGAGGCAAAGCUUCGAACGUGAAUUAUAUCAUCUAUUACCAAGAAAAUUUUGGAAGAAUAUUAAUACACUCGGUAGAAAAGGACUUUAUCCUAUCAUACCAAUAACUAUAAGUGAGAAAGAGUUGCAGGAACGUAAAGUAACAAUUCUUAAGCUUCAGGAAGAAAAAACUAAUCUAGUUUCAAUAUUUGAUAAAGAGACACAAAAAUUAAAUAGGCAACUCUUAGUCAUUGAUAAAGUUACUCAAAAACAUUUUGAAGAAUUAAAUGAUAUCUGGGAUAAUACCUAUUCUGUUGAUUAUGCUAUGCAGUGGGAAUUUCGUAUAAAAGACAUGCAAGAAGCAUAUAUUCAGUUAAACAAUGAGUAUAAACAAUAUGGUGAAUUAGUUACACGACAACAACUAAGACAAUCUCAAGUAAAAUCCAGUCAUCCCCAAUAUAAUCAGAUUAUUAAAGAAACAAGUGAAGCUAUUGAUAUGGCUACUGAAGAAAUGAAAAAACUGUUGAAACUUAUGGAGGAAUUAAGGCAGAAAACAAAUGAUUUGGAUGCACUAGUAGAGGCUGAUAUGACUAGAAGUUACUCUCAAAAGAUUGAAACACUUCGAAAAAAUACCAAAUUAUUGGAGGAACAAAUCAAAAAGGAGAUUGAUAUUCUACAGAAAGAAAAUGAAAUUAUGCAGAUGCAACUCAGUAGAGAUAUAAAAUAUUAUGAAAUAACAAAUCACAGAGUAGCUUUAGCUGAACGUAAAAAAAAAUUGGAAGGUCUUACAGAAUCUAAUUUAUGGCUUAAAUCUCAAGAUGAACAGUUAACUAUAAAUUUUGAGGAAAGAUUUAGAGAUGAUUUAUUAUCUUUAACAUAUUCACCUAAGAAUAAAGGAGAUUAUGAUAAAGAAGCUAAAAAUGAAGAUAAUUUACCUGAAGGAGCUAUUAAUGAAAUUAAGAAAUUUCGAGAGAAUCUGAAGAUGAUCUUGCUUAGAGUAGAUAGUUAUAAUGAAAAUAUAUAUGAAAAUGAUCUUAGUCAAGUUCAGGAAUUUGAGAAGCUAGAUAUACUAACUCUAUCUGCAAAGGAGUCCUUUGAGGCUGAAGGGGCUUUAGAUGACGGAAUUUUUUAUAAUGAUUUAAGUAAUAUUGAAUGGAACUUUAUUCAGAGUAGAUGGAAACUUUUAAAGCUUAAAUUUUAUUUCUUGCAAAAGAAAGAGGCUAUACUAAAAGAGGGACUUGAUCUAAGAACAAAUACAGAUAAGUUAAUGUUGAAGAAAUAUGGACUAGUACCUACAACUAAGACUAAAAUCAUACCAUCUAAGUCUGAACGUUUGAUUAUGAAGGGUUUUGGUUUGGAUAUUGAAACUAGAUUGGAUUUAGAUCAAGAAGAACGAACCUUAAGUUAUGAUGAAAAGGUACUUAAGCUAGUAUCUAGGCGACUUGAGGAUGCAAAUGUAGUGUUUGAACAAGAACUUACUACUCGCUUAGAGAUUUUAGAUGAGAAAAUUUUAGAAGGGAAAGUUAGACUUCAAGAGGCUGCUAGAGAUGUUGUUGCUAGUUGGGAAAAGCAACAAAGUACUGCUGCGUUUAGAUAUGCUUCUCCUCAAAAUAAGGAUAGAAUGAGAGACACAUUUGAGAAGAAAUAUUCAGCAGUAACAAAAGAAGAGAAGAAAAAAACCAGACCUUAUAUUUUGGAGAAGCAUGUCCUUCUACAACAACAAAAAGAUAGGGCAUCUCAAUCUAAAAUGGAUAAGGAUUGGCUAUUCACUUCAGGAAGAACUGCAAAUCAACUAAUCAAGUUCCAACAAAAAAAAAUGGUUUUUGAAAAGAAACGUCAUGAUAUUUAUGAGAAAACACUCGAAUUUCUCAUUUAUCAAGCUGAAAAGUUAGAUAAAAUUAGAGAAAUAGAUGAACAAUUAGGUACUGAUAAAGCUGGGCGUGUUGAGGGGGAUCAUAUAUCAAAUGCAAUGUUACAGAGCCUCAUAAAGGAAAAGGAAAUGAUAGAAACUGACUUAUCUUUGAAACAAAGGGAAUAUCAUAUCCAUUUAGCUAAAUUGGAAAGUUUUAGAGAUGCCCUAUAUGAUCCUAAUAAGGAGUUGAAAGAUGAUGAAGAUGAAUAA